AUGCCUCCAAAGCGCAAUAGAGUGCAAGGUGGCAAUGCCAGGAGUCGAGCGUCUGCCGUGCCGCAGGGAGUUCGUCAGAGGAGAGCGAGGCCGGAGUCUGAGGAUGUCACGGAUCAACCCGCUGCGACACACAUAAGAGUGGAGGAAGCGCGGCAACCACAGUGGACCAUGAGAAGCAGCGUAAAGGACAUCCUGCUGGAGGGAAUAACUCUCAGCACCAACAUGAAGCUGAAUGAUUUCCUUCGGAAUUAUGUUGGCGGCAGGGCGGCUGCUGAUGAAGACUCCAAUGUGACGAUGCAGGUGUUUGUUCAGGAGCCGGAUGCUUACGUACAAGACCAGCAGCUUCUUAGAAGAAUUUUUAACUUAACAGAGUACCAAGAGCUGGAGGAAAGGAAAAUACAAUUGGAGGCUAUUUAUAAACUUCAUCACGAGGGUGUUGUCUCUCUCGAACAAUGGAGGGACUAUGAAGGAAAGGAUACGGUCGCUCCACUUGCAAAUGAAAAACUAAACAGAGUACUCACUCAAUUACUGAGAGAAGAAUGGUGGGAGGAAGUAGAAAGGGCAAGGCGGGAACACCAAGAACGAUUUACCCCAACUACUACGAUCGAAGAUGUGCUAUUUAAAGGAAGAGUUCGCUUCAUGGACAUAAAGCUGAAUGAUUUUCUUACGAUGGAGCUGGAAGGCAAAGGCAUUUUGCGCGCCAAUCGGAAUGUCUUGCUGGAGGAGUUUUUCAAGGACCCCACGAAGUAUAUCCACGAUGCGGGAAUAUUGGGCGAAAUACAGGCAACAGGUGCUUAUGCGAGGAUGGAGAUGACUGUACGGGAGGAAAUGGGUUUGGAAGAAGUUGUACGCAGGCUUUGCGAGGAUGGUGUGGACUUUCUUGAGCAAUGGAGGGACUAUGAAGGAAAGGAUACGGUCACUCCACUUGCAAGGAGAAAACUAAACGGUGUACUCACGCAGUUACUGAGGGAAGAAAGGCGUGAGGCAGAAGAAAGGGCAAGGCGGGAACACCAAGAACGAUUUACCCCAACUACUACGAUCAGAAUUGUGCUAUUUAAAGGAAGGGCUCGCGUCAUGGACAUAAAGCUGAAUGAUUUUCUUACGAUGGAACUGGAAGGCAAAGGCAUUUUGCGCGCCAAUCGGAAUGUCUUACUGAAGGGUUUUUUCAAGAAUCCCACGAGUUAUAUCCGCGAUGCGGGAAUAUUGGGCGAAAUACAGGCAACCGAUGCUUAUUUGAGUAUGGAGAGGACUGUAAGGGAGGAAAUGGAUUUGGAAGAAGCUGUACGCAGGCUUAGCGAGAAUGGUGUCAACAGUCUAGCAGCGUGGUCAUUAGCUGCUGAGGAGGUAAAAGCAUGUGUUCGCGACGACACUAAAAUCUCAUUGAAUGCAGCCCUUGAGGAGACGAGGAACCCAACGACGUCGAGCGCACCGGAGAAUCUGGAGGGGUUCUACGACUCUGUGUACAAUGCGAGGUGGCAUCAUGUCGUGGAAGUUCCUGGCGGCGAGGGGACGGGAAUGGAUGUGAAGGAGGGGGAACCACCGCAGCCAUGGACGUACAGGAAAGCUGAAAGAACUAUCGAAAAGGAUGACGGUGUGGAGCAAUCCGGUGCAGAGCGUCUCAGGUUGAUGGUGCUCACCUCGGACAAGGCAUGGCCGUACACGUGGGCGGGGAGUGAACAUAUUUGUGACUGCUGUGUGAACAGUGAGGUGGAGCGAGUGUGGCAGUUCGUCAAGCGCGAUCUAACCGAAUGGUUCAGCCCUCACGGUCGGACCGUGUUUUCGCCUAAGAAGCGUCUCUUGAUUGGGACGCCCGGG